CUGUGGCCCCAGUGGCGGUAGCAGCAGUGUGAAAGUUUUCCCGCGGAACGCGUUUCCACCUCAAUCGAGCCUUGUUGUUUUAAGAAAGAAAGAAAAAAGAAUCUACCUGACCGUCAUCCCAACCCUCCUUCUUCAAAAUGGUCGGUCCCAGCUCGCAGAUCAGCAAACUGCUGCUGACGCUGCUGUUCCUCCUGAUCAUCUUCUUCAUCUGGAUGGACGUGAAUCUGUACAUCCGCAUCCAGGACUACCCGAUCCGCGAUCGCGAGAUCCGCCUGCUGAACGGUAGCACCGUGCUGAGACCAACGAUGGGCGUUACGAGCAGCAGCGCGGUGACCUCGGCCGUUCCCCACCGGCAACCGCAGGAAGCGGCCCGGUACGAGGACGUGGCGUGGGUUUCGUGCGAUCUGAACCCGCUGUGCGACGUCACGGUGAAGGCGAUGAUGUUGGACCACACGAACCACUACCUGUUUGCGCCGAUGGCAACGCUGCUGGACAAUUUGGCUGGGUUCUCCAAGGGGGAGCUCAUUACGCCGAACAUGAUUUCGUUCUUCCACGUGUUUGUGGCGGUUGCUUCGGGGCGGAUGGUCGCGUCGGAUUCGCUGGGCUAUCGCCGGAUCGGGGUGGUGCUGUUUCAGUUCCGGACGUUCUUGGACGAUUUGGACGGGCACGUGGCACGGGCGAAGAAGCACAUCCGCGGCGAGCGGUCGGACAUUGGAUCCGCUGGAUAUUACAUCGAUGGGAUCUGUGACGCGUUGGGCUGCAUCGCCCUCAUGAUCGGAGUGUUUGUGUUCCUGAAGAACAACCCGCCGCGUCGUGGCUACACCCAACUCCAGUCCAUCAUCCCGGUGUCCGAGUCGAAGAACUGCUCCGAGUCGGGCGUCAUCUACAAGGUCAAAGUCACCACGAAGAAGGUCGCCCGCAAGGUGCUCUGCUACAGCGGCAUCCUCGUGCUCAGCUCGACCGGCUGGAACCGUUACAUCGCCAUCUACCAGGACAUGCUCGAGCGGGAGGACGUCACGCCGACCCAGUUCCUGCACCAGGAGCAGGCCUUCCGCUCGACCUGGUUCUUCGUCAUCUGCUGGCUGUGGCGAAUCGCGAACGUGCACGCCCUGCUGCACUUCCUCCUUCUGAGUGUCUUCUGUGAUAAACUGUGGGAGUACCUGCGGAUGAUUCAGUACGCCGGCUUCGUGGCGCUGCUCGCCAUCAUCAGUGUGGCCGAGAUGCACCUGCUCGGGGCGCAGAACUACAUCUACAAAUCGCUGACUGGUAACAAUACAUCGUUGUGAUUACAUUAAGGCAAGUUUUAGGACGACCCCCCGCGGGUCUCGCCACUGCUUAGAGUGGUGGGUCCCAAAGCGUUAGCAGCUAUCGUUUUCUAAUGUCUCCACUUUGGUGGGGGGAUUACCACGUGAGACAGAUUUUGCGACAUUUCUCCAGAGAUUGAGUUUUCUACAGCGCUACAGAGACUACGGAAUUAGAGUUUUAGUGAUUGUUAAAAUUUGAAUUUCAACUUUUCUGAUAAUACGACAAUUUGCAGUUUGGUUCUAUAAACAUAGAAUAUGCAAAAUAAAAAUGUUGAACUAAAAAAAAUGUGAAAAUGUUAAAAUAACUCUGAAAAUCUUUUGUUUGAAUCGCAGAAGCUACUUUUCAUGCUUCAUUUUAUAAUAAUAUACACUCAAACCCCGAUGGUUUGACACCAACUGUUGUCAUACGAACGGGGUCACUUUUUAGUUUGACACCCCUUUUACACGGAGUUCACGCACACUAUCAAACGUUUGUUUUGAUAGUGUGCGUGAGCGCCGUGUAAAAAGUGACAGUUCGUCACUUUUUAGUUUGACUUUGACCAACCAACGGGGUACAAACUAAAAAAGUGUCAAACGAAAAAGUGACCAACCACCGGGGGUUGAGUGUAAUAUAUUGAACUUGAUAAUAAAUUUGAACUUGACACAUAAAAAAUUCUCCUAAUUUUCAAAAAACUUAAACCUAAAUAUAUUUUGAAAUAAAAUGUAGGGCAUGCGUAUUCUGUUUUUUUUUUUUUUUUUUUUUUUUGUAUAUUCGACUAAUACAGUUAAAAAGUUUUCAAUGAUUUCCUUCACUUUAUUGAAUUUCAAAUCAAAACAGCAAAAAUUAGUGAAAUAAUUUGAUUUUUUUUGCUAUAUUUAGCAAAUUAACAUGUUUUUAAAGGUUUUUAUCUCCCUUUACAAAAUUUAAAUUUUAAAUUAAAAGUAAAAAAUAUUGUGAUUUGUAAUGAAAUCAAAAUUUUUAUACAAAAUGAAAAAAAAAACAAGUAGUUUUUUAACUUUCACGGGAAUUGUCCACCCAAAUAAUCAAAUAUCGUUAAAACUAAACAGGACUCAGAAAAAAUCUGAAAAGUUUUUAAAAGUUGAUUUAAAAGCUUUAAUUUUUUUAUAAAACAAAUCAUGAUUCUUUUAAUUUCUUUUGAAACUAUACCUUUCAAAUAAAAAAAAAUUGUUUUUUAAUCCGACUGAAACCUUUUUGGUGCCUUCGGUAUGCCCAAAGAAGCCAUUUUGUAUCAUUAGUUUGUCCAUAUAAUUUUCCAUAGAAAUUUGGCAGCUGUCCAUACAAAAAUGAUGUAUGGAAAUUCAAAAAUCUGUAUCUUUUGAAGGAAUUCUUUGAUCGAUUUGGUGUCUUCGGCAAAGUUGUAGUUAUGGAUAUGGACUACACUGAACAAAAAAUGAUACACGGUAAAAAAAUUGGUGAUUUUUUAUUUAACUUUUUGUCACUAAAACUUGAUUUGCAAAAAAGCAGCACCAAAAUAGUUCAGCAAUGGUUGAGUGAAAUCUCUCCACUGUACCAUUGCUCUCACUAUGAUUAGCUGGAACACAUAGUGAAUAUCAGUUCCGAGGUUUUGUAACAAACUUCGGAUUUCUAUGGACUUUAGAGCUGGCUCAUUGUCACAUAUUAACAAUUUAGGUGCACCGUGAACUUGAUAAUUUUUUAGUAGUCUUAAAUCGGUAAUAGUUCGUGAUUUAAUUGGCGUAAGUAUUCCAAAUCUGGAAAACUUGUCAAUAGCCGAAAGAAAGAUAGAUGGUUUAGAAAUGAAAAUGUCGAUGUAAAGUAUGUGGAAAGGUCUUUUUGGUUCCGGAUUUAAUUUUAUAUGGAUGCCGAUCGUACUUGUUUUUGUUACAUGUAUCGCAAAGUUUGAUAUACUGUCGAAUCAUAAAUUUCAUUCGAGGAAAAUAAUAUUCUGAUGAAAUUUUCUUUUGGUUUUCCCAAAUGCCACGAUGUGCAACCUCAUGUUCUUGUUCUAUUUAAAGAUUUUUUUCUUCUAGAGUUUUAAGGUCGAUCAAUAGUUUUUAUGUAAUAAAGAUUUUAAAAUUUUUACAGCUGUUAAAAUAAUUUAUGUACACAAUUUGAAGUGUGUUCAUUAUUAUUUCUGGACAUAAAAUACAAUUUGUUCGUUUUAUGUCCAUAUAUUCUUUGAAAAUAUUUAUAAGUUGUGGAACUCCAACAAUUGUUUUUGUAAUUGUUCUUCUGAAUAUUCUUGGAAAAAUUUCUUCAUAAUCAUUGUCUUCAUUUGUUCCAAUUUUCAACAUAAUUUGAUUUGCAAAAUAAUUCAUUGGCUUUUCGGUACAUUUGAUGAAUUCAGAAUCGUCAGUGUCUGCUGAAAGAGCACUGAUUUCAUCUUAUAAUUCACUUAAAUUUAUUUCUGGCUUUAAACGUGAUAAAUCGUCUGCCACCACGUUUUGUUUUCCUGGGCGAUAACGAGGAUCUAUUUCAAACUCGCUUAACGCCAAGCGCCAAUGAACCAAUCUAUUGUUAAGGCCUUUUAAAUUUAAACCGUAGGUCAAAGGCUUAUGAUCCGUAUACAGAAUAAAUUUUUGACCGAAUAAGUAGGGUCUAAAAUAUUUACAUGCCCAUACGACUGCAAGCAGUUCUUUUUCUAUUGUAGAAUAAUUUUCUUCAGAUUUAUUAAGGGUUCUUGAAAACAGCGCCAAGAGCAAAAUUCGAAGCAUCUGUUGUCAAGAUAAAUUGUUUUGAGAAGUCCGGUUACUGCAAAAUGUCGCUUCCGGUUAAAAUUUGCUUGCAUCUAUUAAAUGCACUUUUGAAUUCAUUGGUAUGCUUAAUACCUACGUCUUUUCUCAAUGAAUUGGUAAGGGGUUUUGGUAUCUUAGCGAAAUCCUUAACAAAUUUUCUAUAAUACCCUAAAAUUCCAAGAAAUCCCCUAAGUUCUUUCUCGUUCUUAGGUAUUGGCCAAUCUUUAAUAGUUUUUUUUCUGGGUUUGGUUUAACCCCUUCAGAAGUAACAAUGUGACCUAAAACAUCUUUCUUCAGAAAUUCACUUUUAUCUGUCUGUAUUUUUAAAUUUGAUGCUCUCAAGGCAUUAAAAACUUUUUUCAAAUUCAAACAGUGUUCUUCAAGGCUUGUACUGAAUAGAAUGAUGUCGUCCAAUUAAUCCAAUUAAUUAAUGUGUCUUUGAAAGGUUGCUGGAGCGUUUUUAAGUCCAAAUGGCAUGCAAACGUAUUCGUAGUGCCCUUCUUCUGUAGAGAAAGCUGUUUUACAGAUAUCUUUUGGGUCCAUCUUAAUUUGAUGGAAUCCAGCUGCCAAAUCUAAUGUGGUGAAGUAAUGACAUCUGCCCAGAUUAUCCAGAAUAUCAUUUAUGUUUGGAAUGGGGAACUUGUCAUCAAUAGUAUUAGCAUUAAGCUUUCUAUAGUCGACAACAAGUCGCCACUUUUUCUCGCCAGAAGCAUCAAUCUUUUUCGGGACUAUUAUCCAGAUUGGAGAAGUCCACGGAAAAAAAUAGAUAUCUAUAAUUUUUUUUGAUGCACUGGUAUGUCAUCUUUUGUUCUAAUUUUAUGUUCCACCCCAGUAGAAGUGGAGAGAGCUUCUUCUUUUAAACGAAAAACAUCCUGAUUUUCAUUCAAAAUUUUCAUAAGCUUCUCUUUUUCCUCAACGUUGAGAUGAGAUAAUCUUAAACUAUCGAUCAAUUUAUGAAAUCACGUUAUGUGUUGAGUUGAUGAAUUGAGUUGUAUGUGAGUAUUAAUUUCGUUUCGUUGAAUAAGUUCAAAAUUGUUGACUUUGUUUUUAGUUGGGUGUUGAACUGUUAGCAUUUGAUUAAAGUUUGAUUCGUUCCUUAGGGCCAUGAUUGCCUUUUUGUUUGAAAUCCAGGGAUAAAAAAAAAGUUUUGGGGCAAUUUCUUCUUCUUUAAAAUAAAAUUCUCCAUCAAACUCACACGGAAUUUCCACGUUUUGAAUUGUUUGGGCAGUAAUUUCAGCUUUUAUAAAUUCUGGAAAUUUUUUAUACAUUUUUAUGUUGCUGUUAAAUAUUUUUAGAUAAUUAUGUUUUGUGUCAAUUUCCGCUUCUAGGUCUUGUAAGGUUUCAUAACCUAUAAGCAAGGGUCCUGAUUUUCGGUUCAAUGAACAGAAACCACUCACUCAUCGCCGAUCCAAUCGUCACCUAUUCUAACCCGCUAGCAUUCAUGAGCGAAUGAUAUUCGCAAGCAGCCAGCGAGUGGCCCGAACUGUUACCUCAGCGAACAAAUACAUCGUGAAAAUUUUUGUCUACUCCGUUGCUCGACGACACUCACACACUACCAUGCUCAGCGAAGAGCCAUUCUCACAAAAUGCCAGCGCGGCAGUCUUUUUGUCUUCACGCCCUCAGUUUGCCAUCAAUUUGAUUUUUUAUUGGUGGAAGUUUCUUUGAAUGGUGUCUAUAAUGUUAUGAAAUCUAAAUAAAUGUACAAUUUAAUUGAUAACAUUGAGUGAUCGAUUACGUUCGGCCUGCCUGAGCCGUUCGGAGACUGAGCCGAUCAGAGAGAGAAGGAGAGUAGAAGAAAGAGUGUUCCGGAGCGAAUGGUGUGAAAGUGACAAACGUCGCUGCUAUUUGUGCUCGCGAAUGAAGUGGUUGAUUUUGAGCAAUCAGGACCCUUGCCUAUAAGACCGUCAAAGUACUCGUGAAAAUCGAAAAUGAAAAAAUCGAAUUUUUUCUCACUAAUUUCUGGAAAAGGGUUAAAUUUUACAAAUUGAUCAAUUAUAUGGUUUCCAGAAAUAUUUCAAAUAAUUUUUGGUUUUGAUAAUUUCAAUCCAUGUUUCAUUAUUUUAAGACUUACGUAAUUUUGAUUAGAUCCUGUAUCGAUAAGAAAUUUUUUUUUGGAGAUGGAGGGGUUUUUCUGUUAUACACAUUUUUCUUAUUUGAACUUAAGCAGAUUGCUCCAGGACAAUAGUUCUGGCUGCCUGAACUGCGCUUUUUCGGAAUUUCUUCUUGAUAUGUUUCAUGAUGGCUAGCACUAGCUGCAAAGCCACUAUUAUUAGUAUUAUUGUUAUCUUCACGCCAGACUGCUCUAGCGCCUCCGUGUGGACCUCCUGAUUUUCUAUUACGGUGACCUGCUGGUCACCUAUUUGUUUGACUUGCUCCUCUUUGCUCUGGUCGUGUCCCAUGAUGAUCUCUUCUCUUGGAUGCUGUCCUUUUCUGCUGGGUGUUCUCCUCCACGAUUAGCUGUGGUCUUCUCCUGUUGCCUGUAUGACUUUGAAUGGUAUGGUACUUGUGGUUAUCAACCCAUUUAUAAUUGAUUUUUGGUAUCACUUUUUGCUUCAAUCAGGGAUUUAAAUUUCGUUUCUCAGCUUUAUGCUGUUAAUGAAUUUAAUCAUAUUAUUUGCUUUUUCAGCAUCAUCAGCCAGGGCUUCCCUGAGGUUUGCUGGAAUGCUGUUUUUUUUCCUUUCCGUUGCAAAUCCAAUACAGUCAACAAUUAUACAGUUUAAUCGUUAGUGCUUGGUUGCAUCGUUGGCACUUUGGCCAUUCACGUUUUUCGAGUAAAUGCUUAUGUGUAAUUUUUGAGUGGCCGAUUCUCAUUCUAGUGAGAAUUACGUCAUCUAUUCUGUUUUCCAUAAUUGUAUUUUUGAACUUUUGAACGGUGUUUUUUAUUUCUCUUAGCUUGUUGUUUUGGAUUCUGGUCCAUUCGUGUUGCAAAUUAAUUAUAAUUUUGUUCAUGAUAAUUUUUUUGGUUUCUUCUGCGAGAAUUUCGUUUUGGUCAAUUGUUAGUUUUUUGAUGGCUUCUUUCGUUUCUUUGUCGGCUCUUUCGUUACCCGGUAUUCCUAGAUGGCUAGGAACCCACAUGAAUGUUACGGCUGAACCUUUUCUGGAAAUUUGGGUAUUGAGUCGGUGGACUCUGUCUUUAAAGUAGUUUUUUGUUUUGGCUUUUGCCAAAUUGCUAAUUGCGCUCAGAGAGUCCGUGCAGAUCACAUAGUCUUUGAUUGCUGACUGAUGAUUUAUCCAAUGUAGAGCUUCAACUAUUGCUGCACUUUCUGCAUGGAAUAUACUGCUUUGGCCGUUAAUUCUUUUCCGAAUAAUUCCUUCAUUAUGCAUUAGCUAUAUGCUGUUCUGUCAUUUAUUUUCGAUCCAUCGGUAUAGAUCAUGUCGCUAAAUUUGUAUUUAUUGUGAUAAGAAAUUUGAAUUUAGAUUUUAAUUUAAUGUAAGGAAUGACAUUUUUUCCGAUUAUGUCUGGAGAUUCUCUUCGCUGACCACUAAAAAAAAAUAUGUUUUGAUCUUCAGUCCCUUCUUCAGUUGGUUCGCUUAUAAAAAUGUUUUCAUGUUCUGGCGUUUCAAUUUCAUCUGUAUUGAUGUUCUGUAAUUCAUCAAUUUUAAAAUUAUUAUUUUUAGAAUUUCUUGAUCUCAAUGAAGGAUCGACCUCCAUUGGUAUUGGCUUAGGUUGUAUAGAUUUUUUAUACUGGCUUAUUUUUUUGGUUUCGUCAAAUCUUUCAUUUUUUGAAAAUCAAUGAUUGCAAAACAACUGAACUAGUGUAAAAUUCAUUUUAAAACACUUUUUUCGUGCAAAUGCCAAAACUAUGGUUUGUUAUUUAUAUUUUUAAAAUUUAAGUUGCUAUCUAAUAAUAUUUGAAAAAAACGGAAAAAAAUGUUUGUUUACUUAAAACUCAAAUCUGCUUUCAUUCGUCUAAUUUAUAAAUGUUGCUCUGUCUAAAAUGUCAACUUGUCAAAGUUGGAUGACGUAGAAAACACGUUUUCUACGUCAUAAAAAUGUUAAUAAAAUGUUAUAAAAUAUUGUAUCUUAUUUACGUAUACAAAUAUCGCAAAAACUGUCUCGUGGAAAUUUCCCCAUCUGUUAUCUAAGAAAAGAAAUCAAACCAUUCUGUUCAAUAAAUCGACAAAAAAAACUGAACGGAAAAGCCUUACUAAUUGGUGUUUACGGUGUGUGUGUGUGUGAAAACGCAAGUGUGCACCAAAUAAAUAGCGCGUGCGAGCGGGAGCGGAGAAAUUAAACUGUGUUUAUGUCCUUGGGACGCAAAACGCAGAGACACGUGUUGUUGUGUUGUGAUUUGUGUGUGCUAUUGUGUACGCGGUUGAAACUCAUUAUCCUCCCUCCCUCCACUCAUGCUCUCAACGCAUAUAGACAAACACUUUUACUUAUAUACACAUAGACACAGAGAGAGAGAGAGAGUCACAAACACACACCCCCCCGCGCCGCCGUUGAUCGUUGAAACUCUACUUUUUUGCCUUUGGAUUUUCCGCGAGGAACGUUGGAGGUGGUGAGAAGGAAGCUCUGUAUCGGGACAGAUUAUAUAUAUAUUUUAAAAUGCGACAGAUGCAACAAACAAAAACAAAUCAAAACGUUUGAAAACAAUAACAGAAAAUAAGAUUUAAGGAGAAAAAAGAAAAGAGAUGAAGCUAAAACUGUUUGGUGUUUUUGUGAAGCACACAAACACACCACCCUUUUUCUAUAUUGGUAAUUUUAAGUGCUAGAGAAAAAAACAGAGAGUAUAAUAAGAUUAAGAAAAUCUAAGAGAUGUGUAAUAGCUCUAUACAAUUAGGAACUAGUUGUUUGAAAGAAGAGAAAGUUGAAGGAGAAACAAUAUCAAAAAACAACCGAAACGUGUUGGAGAAAAUAGUCGCCUGGAAGGUGACACCAAAUAGUUAUGAGAUGAAGAAAUAAUAAAGCGUUAAAAAAAGAAAGAAUGAGAGAAUAUAUAUUGAACACACAUUAUAAACAAGUGGUAAACAGGUUCAAAGAGAAUUAUUAUAGCUAGUGGAAGCGAGUAGAUGAGUGACUUAGUUUUUGCAGCUGGAAAUCGGAAAAGGUUUGGAAGCGAUUUGAUUCUUCCUCAUAAAGAGUAAAUGACGAUCGCAGAGGAAGCACCGGCAAACGGAUCGAGUUUAAGAGAUUCUGUCCUUUUUUAAAAGAGAAAUUCAGCUGAGAUAUAUAGAGCAAAGCCACAAAGAGAGCGAAAAGUAAAUAAAUGUGUACGUAUAUGUGAAAGUUAAAAAAAA